AUGGUGAUUUCUGUAAGAAUUAUCAAUUUGGAUCAUUACAUGGCGGAUCCAGGCCCAUUGGAUCGUUCAUACACACCGUUCAGUGACAAACGGCUGGUCAAAGUGCCUGUAUUACGCAUUUUUGGAUCCACCAAACUGGGCCAAAAAGUCUGUCUUCAUAUACAUCAGGUGUUUCCCUAUUUUUUUAUACCGUACGAUAUCCCAGUUGAAUACGCUACAGAUCAAGAGAUACAAAAGGACAUUUUUCAGUUUGGAAAGGAUUUGAAUGAAGCCAUGGAUUUAGCAAGGCCGCAAAAGGAGCCGAAUCAGCAUAUAGCCGCUAUUGUGCUUGUGAAAGGCGUACCCUUUUACGGUUACCACAUUGGCUAUCGAACCUAUCUCAAGAUUUACAUGACCAACCCUUACGAAAAGCAUCAAAUGUUGGAGAUAUUGCAGUCGGGAGCGAUCCAAAAUGCAUCAUUUCAGCCGCAUGAAGCCCACUUGAACUUUGAACUUCAAUUCUUGAUGGAUCAUAACCUGUACGGUAUGGAUUGGAUUCACAUUGAGGAACAUAACAUAUCGCCUUCCCUGAAGAUCCAGUUUCGAUUGCCCUUGCUGGACGAACCAAAAGCUAAUUACCAUAUUUCUCAGUCCUCGACGACGUCCAGUGGCCAUAGCACCCUAUCUCCUCAUUUUAUACCACUUCAGCAACAACAAGAAGAAGGUGUGUAUACAGCGAAAACCAUUCCGUUUGCAUUUCAGUCAAAUGCUGUGCCCAAAAGUAGCUACUGCGAGCUUGAGUUAGAUAUCACUGGCAUGUCCAUCCGGAAUAGACAUGAUUUAAAGGAGAGGAGCAUACACACCAGUUUGAUGCGAGAGAAACAAGUGCAGGCUGAAGCCCUUCAAGGUACUGAGGAAGAGUCCAGGAAGAAGUUGGUAUUGUCACUACGAAGCAUCUGGGCGGAUGAGACGAAUCGACGCAAAUCCAGAGGCAUCGCAGAUCCGAUUCCGCCUGUUGCACAGUUGGAUGAGCGAGAACCUCGAAAGCCAUGGACGGCAGAACCGACGCUCAGACGACUGAUGGAGAAAAUGAUGACAGGCCAUCCCUUUGACCAAGUAUCCGAAACGCAGCAGCCUUCGGUUCUUGUGCCCAAAGUGAUGACCGUAUUUGAAGCCAUUGAGGCAUUGUACCCAACUGAAUACUUUGAAUACGAAUCAAGUCAGCAUACAGCAUCUCAAGCAUCAGCAAUACAGCAUACACCUACAAGAACAGAUGAAUUGAGUCUCGUAGAUCUACCUUCUUCUACUGUAAAUCUAUCUAUGAAUAUGACACCUGCUCAAAUAUCGCCGCAUCGAAAUCCAAAUAACAACGUCUCUUCUGAUUUCAAUGUAUCAGCUACUCCUUCACGCUAUCGAGGACUGAGCGUGCAAUCGCAACUCGACAAAUCCAUCAUUCAUACCUUUAUGGAGGACGUCAACUCUUCAUUCCAUCAAGAGGAUGUCGAGGAUUCUGACUCGCGCAGCAAUGAGGAACAAGAGCAAGAAGAGGACGCCCUUGUCCAACAAGAAGAGAACGAUGAAUUUGAAUUUAGCAAUGAGGACAGCUUGCGUAUCAGCGAUAUUGCUCGUUGGUUGGAGGAAACAGAGAGAGGAGAGAGCAAAGAUAAGAUGAAAAAGCACAAUACGCAAGUGAUAGUCUACGAUAAUGAUGACGGGGAGCCCGUUGUUUAUGAACCGAGGAAAUUGGAUAUCUUGGCUGAAGUGCAAAAGAUGGAUAGCUUAUUGGCAACUGAGCAUGUACAUAAACCAAAGAAGAGUAUACUGGAGUUUAUAGAAGAGGACGACAAGGAAGAAAAAGCUGACCAAGAGGUACAUCAAGAUCAGCAGCAGGACGAGCUUAAGCAGAAAGACGACAAGCAACAGGGAGAAGAAAAUGUAGAUCAAGCCCCCUUUCAAUUAAGUGAUAGUCCACCCGACCCAAUGGCUCGCGUAACGAGGAGUCGUCUCUUUAUGCGCAGGAUCAACCAGCUAGAUGGAUCUGGAGAUCAGCAAGAAGGCAGCAGCAAGAAGAAGCGAUUGAGGUCAGCUGCUGAACGUUGGGAAGAAGAGAAGCAAUCACUCAAGAAAAUGAGAUUAAAGAUGGCAACACAGCGAUCGCUGAAAAAAGACGAACGCACUGUAUCAGCACCACCCAAAAUAGCGCCUCAGACAACACCCACAAACACUGAGACGACAAGAGCCAAGAGCACUGAUGAUAUACAUCCAAAGGGCAUGCAAAGAGUUACUGUGGUAGUCUCUUUGCCAAAACAAAGAAAAAAAAAGAACAAGAACAAGAUAGUAGAGGAUUUGGAAGAGUGGGUUGCUGAAGCAUCUCCACCAAAGGCAACCGAACCUGAGCGAACGAGGAAUGUUGAGCCAACUGCAUAUCCUGAACCAAAAGUCAUUAUCAGAAAGAGCGACCUAAUGGAUCAGGUACACGAGCGCAAUGAAGAGGAUAUGGCAGAGAGUGAUGUCGAUCAAGAGAUAUCCAAGAUACUGCACAACGAAGAGGUCAAGCCAGUCGAACCGACUGCAACUCUUGCAUCGGACCAGCCUUUCACCUUUUCAUCACUCAUUGAACAGUUCUCUCAAACACAGACAAUCACAAAGGAGUUUACUUAUCGAUACGACCCUCCCAAAAUCAAUACAGACGACCUUCCCAAAGAAGGUGUUGCGUAUCGAGAGCCAUUUUACAGCAAUCCAAGCGACGUGCCUCGUUUUCCAACUGUGUUUGCCGAUAAAGAAUUCAAGCUACCUACUGUAGGCCUUGCCGCGCUGAAAGAGUUCCAAAGCGUGUAUACUACAUCUAUUCCAGAGGGAGCGCAUAUGACCAUUAAAGCGUGGAGCCCCAGCCAGAAUCCUCCUUCUUUCAAGCAAGUGCAAGAUUGGAUGCAGACUGAGGAAUACGCCAACUACAAGCCCAAGCAGCAGCAGCAGCAGCAACAUGAUAGCAAAACUCAGUUGCAUCAUCCCACAUACAGUAACACAUUCAACUUUAAGUUUUCUGCAAGCAAACCUGCGAACAAAGUGAAGCGUAUUCGUGAUUACAUUGAUUAUUUCAGCUUGGAAAUCCACGUCAAUACCAGAGAUCAACUGCUGCCUGACCCAGAGCUCGAUGCUGUGCAGCUCAUCUUUUGGUGCUUACAGACGGAAGAUUUGCGGGUUACUUCCAACGGGUAUCAAGAGGGAAACUACAUUGGCGUGCUUGCCUUGAAGGGCUUUGACAUUUCCAGAAUAGGUAUCUGCAAUUCACGUCUCGUGGUGGACUAUGCUGACACAGAGGAGCAGCUGUUUAGCUUGUUGAUAGAAAAAAUUAGAUACUACGAUCCUGACAUGUUGGUAGGAUACGAGGUGCAGAGUGCGUCAUGGGGCUACUUGAUAGAACGAGGAGCGCAGCUGGGCUACCAUCUUUUGGAUGAGCUCUCUCGCGUCAUGGCAACCACGGACGCAAUCAAGCGAGAUCAAUGGGGCUACAAAAAGGCGUCCGUGUACAGAGUGACUGGAAGACACAUGCUCAACGUCUGGCGCAUGAUGAAGAGUGAAUUGACCUUGACAAGCUAUACGUUUGAAAAUAUCGCUUAUAACCUGCUACAUGAUCGAGUGCCUCACUAUUCGCAUGCUACACUGACCAGUUGGUAUACCAAGGGCCCUGCUGUUCUCAAGUAUCGUUUGUUCAAGUAUUACAUGAAACGGGUGCAACUGAAUCUGGACAUGCUGGAUGCUUCUCAAGUAGUGAGUCGCACAUGUGAAUCUGCUCGCGUCUAUGGUAUCGACUUUUAUGCUGUUAUUUCAAGAGGAUCGCAGUAUAAUGUGGAGUCCAUCAUGUUUCGUAUAGCCAAACCAGAGAACUUUGUGCUGAUCACGCCCAGUCGCUCACAAGUGGCGUCUCAACGAUCAUUGGAGAUUCUACCGUUGAUCAUGGAACCUAUCACUCAGUUUUAUAGUAGUCCUAUGGUAGUGUUGGAUUUUCAGAGCUUGUAUCCGUCCAUCAUGAUUGCGUACAACUAUUGCUACUCUACUUGUUUGGGAAGAAUAGGGAAGCCAGGUGAACCCUCCAGAUUUGGCGUAUUGCCUUCAUUUGAGCCUGAUGAUGGCCUCUUGGAUACAUUGAAAGACCAUAUCAAUGUAUCUCCAAAUGGCAUCAUGUUUGUCAAGCCAGAAAUUCGAAAGAGUUUGUUGGCCAAAAUGCUAUCAGAAUUGCUGGACACAAGAGUCAUGAUCAAGCGAGCUAUGAAAGACUACACGGAAGAUCCAGGUCUUCUUCGCAUGCUGGAUGCUAAACAAUUGACGUUGAAGCUGCUUGCCAACGUGACCUAUGGAUACACAUCUGCCUCAUUCUCUGGUAGAAUGCCUUCAGUCGAAAUAGCUGAUAGUAUCGUAGCUGCAGGAAGAGAGACUUUGGAAAGAUCUAUCAAGUUGAUCAACGAAACAGAAAAAUGGGGAGCGCGCGUCGUCUAUGGCGAUACAGACAGUAUGUUCAUCUACUUUCCAGGCAAAACCAAAGACGAGGCAUUUACACUAGGAAACGAAAUUGCCGAGACCAUUACCAAACAAAACCCUGCUCCUGUCAAGCUCAAGUUUGAAAAAGUGUAUCAUCCGGCUGUGUUGUUGGCAAAGAAGCGAUACGUUGGUUUCAAAUAUGAACAUCCUAGCGAUAUAGAGCCCGUAUUCGAGGCAAAAGGCAUUGAAACUGUAAGAAGAGACGGCACACCUGCCACACAGAAAAUGCUGGAGUCUUGCCUAAAAAUACUGUUUCGUACACAAGACAUGUCAGAGCUAAAGGCCUUUCUAUACAACCAAUGGACCAAGAUACUAUCGAACCGAGUGCUGCUUCAAGAUUUCAUCAUCUCCAAGGAGGUCAGAAUGGGAACAUACUCCAGUCGAGGUGGUCCCAACGGCGCAUUGAUUGCUCAGGCGCAAAUGGACACAGAUGCAAGAGCUGAACCCCAGUAUGGAGAACGAGUUCCGUACGUUGUCGUGUAUCGUGGCCCCAAUGCAAAGCUCAAGGACAAAGUGGUUCCACCUGAAACUUUACUGAAUGAUAGUUCCUUGAGACUGGAUGCUGAAUACUAUAUCAGAAAGCAAAUUAUCCCUCCCUUGAGCCGAGUAUUCAACUUGAUGGGUGUUGACAUACUGUCCUGGUACGAUUCAAUGCCUCGCUCACAAAAGAUAGCAGCCAUGAACCUUGCGUUAAGCACUGAACAUCAAGCUAGAAACCCCACAAGAAUUGAUCAGUAUUAUUUGAGCUCUCAUUGCAUUGUGUGUAGAAAGAUAGCAGAUCAAGCUAUCUGUAAUCAAUGCAAGCAAAAUACGAGCAGCACUGUUUUUACAUUAUUAUCAAGGCAACAGAUGUCUCAAAACAAAUUUAGAAAGAUAGUGCAAGCUUGUCAAGAGUGUUCCAAUCUAUCUCCUUUGGAUGCCAUGACAGUCGUAGAACAGGAACAACCUUACGCAGAUAUACCAUGCGACUCUUUGGACUGCCCUAAAUUCUACGAACGACUCAAGGCAAAAGAAGAUGUUAGAGUAACCAGCAGUUACGAUACCCUCAUUGACACGUUAGAUACCCCACAAACUUGA